UUCAAAUUAAUCUUAAGGGUUCUUGUUUUUGGUUUGAUUUAGGCAUGAAACUAUUAUGAUUGGCUGGGCUUCGUCUCCUUCGUGAUGAUUGGUUUCAAAUUAAGGGUUUGGUUUUUGGUUUGAUUCGAGAACGAAUUUACAACAAUCGGCUGGGCUUGGUCUCCUUCGUGAUUGAUUUGGCUUGACGUUUAUAUAUAUGGUUAUUUGGUGAAGAAGAAACUUCAUAAUACUGCAAAGUCGUUUAUGACUGAAGGGAAGGUUUCACCUGAUUCAGUUGCAAUUGAUGCACCUGGAGGGUUUCUCUUUGAGUGGUGGUCUGUGUUGUGGGAUAUCUUCAUUGCAAGGACAAAUGAGAAACAUUCAGAGCCUGCUGCAGCUUAUAUUGAGGCACAACAAGGUAAAGCGAAGGAGCAGCAAAUGCAAAUUCAGCAACUUCAAUUGAUGCGACAAGCUCAUUUGCAACGUAGAGAACCUAAUCACCCUUCUCUUGGGGGUCCAAUGAAUGCUAUUGGUUCUGAAGGGAUGAUUAGACAGUCAAAUGCUAGUGCUUUGGCUGCAAAAAAAUGUACGAGGAACGUAUGAAGCAACCAAAUCCAAUGAACUCUGAGACAUCCCAACCUCAUCUUGAUGCAAGGACGGCCCUUCUUAAAUCAGCAACAAAUCAUCAUGGUCAGAUGGACCAAGGUAACCAUCAAGGAGGUGUUUCGGCAGCGCUGCAGCAAAUUCAGUCGCGAACUCAGCAACCCACUGGAAUCAGAAGUGAAGUCAAUCUGGGUACAUCUCGGAGACAACUGCCAGUGGAUCCUUCUACAGUUUAUGACCAGGGAAUUCUGCAAUCAAAGCCAGGAUUAAACCCUGGAGUGAGUGGUCUACCUUUGAAGGGAUGGCCAUUAACUGGCAUCGAGCAAAUUCGACCAGGUUUAGGUGGGCCUCAGGUUCAGAAAUCUUUUCUACAAAAUCAAAGUCAAUUUCAGCUCUCGCCGCAGCAGCAACAACAACAGAUUUCCGCUUCGUCGAGGGUUUUUUGGAUUGAUUCGGGCAAGAAGCUACUUCAAUCGGUUUUGUUUCUUCCUCCUCGCAAUUCGGAUUUCGAAUCUAAACCAUUGAGGCUUGUCUCCGCUUCUUCGAGGUAUGUGCUUCUGGAGAUGUUCAGAUUUUAAGAUGGGUAGAUUCAAGUGUAGCAGACUUCUUUGACAGGUUUAUAUUCUCAUUGAUGCCAAGGAUAAUUUCUGAGCGUAACAGGGUUUAUGAUCAGGUAUAUGCUUAUCUCGACUUCUCCGUGAUAAAUUGAUUUUAUAGAACUUAAAAUUACAGAUCUAAGCACCAUAUAUAACUAAAAUGUUUUAUUAUGUUAGCUGUCUAAGUAUCAUUACUAUCUUUGAUCUAUUCGUCAAAUUCUAGAAACUUAUUGCUAAAAUAUCAUUGAUAAAGAAUGUUGAUUUUGUUGGGUGUUUGAAUAUUACAUUGUGUGUUUUAAUUGUUAAUUCUCUGUUUCAAUGCUUGUGUGUUAUUAUAAGAUAUCUUAUUCUAUAUAAUGGAUGCAUCUUAGAGUCUCUGGAAGAUAUUUAUUUUGACAAUAUAUGUGGCUUAUUUAGAUCAUGAUUGUAGUUUCCUUGUAUCUUGUUUUGAGUUUAUGUGAGUUAUGUCAAUUAUGAUUGUAGUUUUCUUGGUAUCUUGAAUUGUUUUGGGUUUAUGUUUAAAACCUUAACAUGUGAAUGUCAUCCUAGAAUUCUGCAUUACAAUUUUGUGUUUAAAGUACUAUCUCUGUUUUGGUCUUUGUGUGUAUGAUAGUUUCUUUCAGUUUAUGAAAUAUAGAUGCAUCUUGGAGUCUUUUGUAGAUAACGUAUAUUGAAUCUAUGUGAUUUUCCUGCACAUUAUUUAUGGUAAUAUUAUUCUUGAAUCUCGAGUGUAUUUGUUUGGCGUUAUGCUCGAAACUCAUGGUGAUUGAUUGUUCUAAAGCUUGCGAAACGAAAAUUUUGCAUUAUCAACUAAUUCUUAUUGUGCUAGAUAUUAUAAAUUAUACCCCCUGACUUGAGUCUCUUGUUUUAUGUAUGAAAUAGAUACAUGUAUGAGUUUCAUGUACGUCUUUGUUUUAAGCGUAGUUGAAAUUCUUGCAGAUUAUGUUAGUAUUUUUCUUGAAACAUAAAUAGAUUUGUUUUGUGUUAUGCUCUCAAUCUUUGGUGAUCGAUUCAAACAUGUAAAGUGGCAUUCCCAAAUUUUGCAUCAUACACUGAUCACUGAUGAUUAGUGUGUUAGACUUUAUCACUUGUACUUGUUGGCUUGUUCUUUUUUUUUUUUUUUAAUAUAACAAUCUGAAGUAUUUUAUAUGAUUGUCCUACUGCCUAUCUAUUGGUCUCUUAGAGUCGGUGAAACUUGAUUCUCGUUUGAAUCAUUGGUGUGUAUGUUCAGUUAGAAUAUGCAAAUGAUAUUUUUUUGAUCUUUUGAUUCUUUACCAAAUGCCUUUUUUUUAAUCACACUUCUAUGACUGAUGUCAAAGUUCAGUUCUAAACCUUUCAAUAUAUGAUAUGUUCCAUUAUUUUAUUUAAUCUUUCACCUUUAUUGUUGUCUGUUUGGUUGAAAUGGCAAUUUGAAUUUGAAUUUGAAUUAUGUUUUAUCUGCAUUUUGUAGCUUUGUGGUAUACUGUAUGUAUGGUCAUGACUCAUGAUCAUGAACACAGUUCUUGCAUUUUGGUUGGUAGACUGAGCUUCUUGCGUCAUUACCAUUCUCUGCAUCGUUUACUAUCUAUAGUGGUGUCGGAUUUGUGGAAAGAGUGAUUUCAUUAUUGGUCUGAUAGUUUUUUUUCUUUUUUCUUAUCAGUAUUCUAUGGAUGCUGAAGUUUUAUUUCAGCUUCUUCUUAUCCUUUUGCUUUUUGUUUUCUAUAGUAUUGUAUCAUUUUGUUGUUUGUUUUAAUUGUUAGCCGCAUACUAUGGUCUAUGGGUUCGGCCUCCCACGGUAGUACCUCCGAAUAUGCUAGUUAGAUUAGAUGACUC